GGUUUCCGCACUGGAGGAAGUGGGAGUUAACCGGAAGCACCUGAAGGCGUCACACACACACAGAGCAGCAGCGGCAGAAGUUAUAGUUGAAGAUAGAGAUGCAGACUAUAAAGUGUGUGGUGGUUGGCGACGGCGCGGUGGGAAAGACCUGCCUGCUCAUCUCCUACACCACCAACAAGUUUCCCUCCGAGUAUGUCCCCACGGUGUUUGAUAACUAUGCAGUGACGGUGAUGAUCGGUGGAGAGCCAUACACUCUUGGACUGUUUGACACCGCAGGUCAGGAGGACUACGACAGACUGCGACCACUCAGCUACCCUCAGACCGACGUCUUCCUCGUGUGCUUCUCCGUCGUGUCGCCCUCGUCCUUUGAGAACGUCAGAGAGAAGUGGGUGCCGGAGAUCUCGCACCACUGCCCGCGGACGCCGUUCCUGCUGGUCGGGACUCAGGUGGACCUGAGGGACGACAGCAACACGCUGGAGAAGCUGGCCAAGAACAAGCAGCGAGCGCUGACCUGCGAGAGCGGAGAGAAGCUGGCGCGCGAGCUGAAAGCCGUUAAAUACGUGGAGUGUUCGGCUCUGACGCAGCGAGGACUGAAGAACGUUUUUGACGAGGCCAUCCUGGCAGCACUCGAGCCUCCGGACACCAAACCCAAGAAACGCUGCUCCCUGCUCUAGGGACGACGAGAGGACAGGAGGACGAGAGGACGAGAGGACAGGAGGGAGACGAGGUGGAUGGGUAACAGAGACAAACCUGGGGGGCGGGGGGGAGACACACACACACACACGUGUGUUUAAACAGUGCCUUCAUCUGUAGUAAUGUGUGUGUGUGUGUGUGUGUGUGUGCGCGCGCGCAUGUGAGACGGGGACUCAGCCUUUGUUGUCAGUGUCACAUGACUAACACACCUGACCAGGAAGUGAGGUUCAACGCAAAAAACAAAGCCAGUGGGCGGAGUCAGAGUUACAGUAAAAACACUGCUACUAUGACGUGAAAACUGUUUUAUUUGCUGCACAGGAAACACAGGAAAAUAAACACUUCUCUUCAAAAUAAAAGACACAAACAGUG